GUCAGUGCUACAAAAGUAAAUUAAUAACAAGAGAAAGCUAUUGUGAAGAAGUACAGAUAACUAAUAUUUUUUGCAAUUGACAACACUGAUAGCUACGUUGUAUAGCACACUGUAGCGGAAUUGUGUAGCGGUAGUAGAGCUCGGCACGACUCUGUUGCGGCUCUGAACUGCUAUUGCGUCCGCUGUUAGGGUUUCUGGGCGAAAUUUCCUAAAUCUCUUUUUUUAUAAUCGUUGUCGAUUAGAACCCUUUUAAGGAUAUUGUUGUGUUUUUCAUUUUAUUGUGUUCUUUCUCACAAACAAUCGUUAUGUUCUGCUUCCUGCUUUUAGUUCACUGCUUUAGCAUUUUAGGUGGUCGGUGGUACGGGACACUAUCUGUGAUUAACAACAUAGAUAUAAUUCAUGGCUUUUAUUUGAAUGUUAUUUCGAUUCGAUUAUUUGACGAGCUUUGCUGACUUUGGUAUAUUGAUCUGUUUGUCACUUUUCCUCAAAUCGAAUCUCAGGCAACAUGUCCGAGAAUCCUGUACAGGCCUUAUUUCAUCACUUUGAGCAAGUCACAAAUUUUGUUCAACAUCAUGUGUCUAAUUUUAUAAUCCAUAUUCAGUUAUCAGGACCCUCUGGUAAUGCCUCCGUUGAAGUGCCAUUUUUAAAAGCUACAUCUGUACAACCUCGUGAUCCCGUUCUCAAGGCAAAGUCCUCUACACCUGUGACCAAAGAAGACCUUGGAAGGUCUACAUGGACUUUUCUUCACACUCUUGCUGCUCAGUAUCCAGAUAAUCCUACAAGACAACAGAAGAAGGAUGUAAAAGAACUGGUACAGAUCUUGUCUCGAAUGUACCCUUGCAAGGAAUGUGCAGAUCACUUUAAGGAAGUUCUUAGAUCAAAUCCUGUACAGGCUGGGUCACAUGCUGAAUUUUCUCAGUGGCUAUGUCAUGUGCAUAAUGUUGUCAAUAGAAGCAUCAGCAAACCAAUAUUCCCAUGUGAACGAGUUGACGCAAGGUGGGGAAAACUGGACUGUGAGCAGAAUGCAUGUGAAAUUAUUGGAAGUAUAUCAAUUUUUGGGAAGAUAUGGUAGAUUUUUAUUUUUUACAAAAUAAUAGUUAUUUUUUGUACGGGAAAUAAUAGUAUUUAUACCAUACAAGCUAUUUAUUGAAUUCGAACUGUUGAAGAAAUCUUUAAGAUUGUUAUCCAGUGAUAUUUUUUAUUUUUUUCCGAUAAA